AUGGCCGAUAUAUACGUGGUUGUACACCUAGAGACCACGUGGGACGUUGCGCUGCUGACUCCGCAAACCCACAGCCCUGCAGAGCUCCGUAGUCUCCUGUGGUGCGUGGUGGAUGCCGAUCUGUUGGAGCAGCUGAAGCCUGAGUGUCUUCAUGUGGGAGACAACGACAAGAACGCUUUGACGUUCAAAGACGCUAUCGGGGCGUUUGACAAGAGCGUCUCGGAGGCGGUGGCCCAGAAGGAUUUCUCCUUCAUCACUACAGACAUACACAACUUGCGGGUAUCGUUACCUAGAGAAGCUCGAGACAGACAGGUGGUGUUGCCAGUGUACUUGCAGCAUCCGCGAGUGUUUGAUCUUUUUAAUGAAUACUCCAAGUGGCAGCUGACGCACCCUGAGGCGUUGAGCUACCCCUCCUCAUACCUCAGCAACUUGGUCACGGCCUUGUCUGUGGAUGUGCCUGAAGACUGGGCAUCUGACGAAUCUGACGUUCCUUUGGUUGACAUACACGCCCGUGUGUUGGCCCAACUAGCUCGCAAAUCUCUUCCUGUGGAAGAGCAUCCGACGGUCCUCACCAAGCCAUAUGACACUGCCCACGACGCCAAGGUCUUCUUGGCUGAACGCUCCAAGAUCUUGUACUUGUCAAACUUGCCCUCAGACACAACGCAGUCAGAGUUGGAGUCGUGGUUCACGCAGUUUGGUGGACGUCCUAUUGCAUUCUGGACUUUGAAGAACGCCGACGGCGAGACCAAGUCUCAGAACAAGUCUAAGGGUAUUUGUGGUUUUGCUGUUUUUGCCAAGCACGAGGAAGCAGCUCAGUCGCUCUUCAUGAAUGGUCGCGUGCUCAACGACAGGGUCGUCGAGGUGCAAGCAUCAUCCACUCGUGUCUUGGACAAAGCAGCUGACUUGUUGACGCCGUUCCCACUGUCAAAGAACCGCCCUCGUCCCGGCGACUGGACUUGUCCCUCGUGCGGCUUCUCCAAUUUCCAGAGAAGAAUCGCUUGUUUCCGCUGUCUGUUCCCUGCCACAAGCGCUGUGGCGAUCCAGGAGCAGAUGUUCCUGGGUGCUCUUGACUCUUCAAACGGAAACUCUCAGCAGAGACGUCUCAAGCAUGACGAUAAAGUUGCCCCACAAGCUUACGGCAACUACACUGACUACUACCCGGGCUCCCAGAUGAAGUCCAGUGGCUACAACUACAAUUUCAACCACGGCCACAUGGGCAUGAACAACAACGGCGUUCCUGGAAGCUCAGGUGGCAACAACGGAGGCCACCGUAUGCAUUAUGGCAAUAGCGUGCCUUUCCGUGCUGGCGACUGGAAGUGCACGAACGAAAAUUGCCAAUAUCACAACUUCGCCAAAAACCUGUGUUGCUUGAAGUGUGGCAGAGCCAAGCCAGCAUCGGUCAACUCAGGUCACAACCAUCAUAAUAAUCAUCAUGCGGGCCAUAACAACAACCACGGCCACGCCAACAACCACAGUCAUGGUCAUCACCACGGUCACCACAAUAAUAAUCACAGUAAUCACGGUAACCAGGGCGGCCACAACAACCAUAAUGCUGCUGCCGCUGCUGCCGCUGCCGCUGCUGCAGGUUCAAUCCACUCUGUCAACACCACCGCUGCUGCUAUUGCUGCUGCUACUGCUAGCGGACAGCCUUUGAACCUCAGCAAUAACUUCUUGGGUCUUCAGCAACCUCAGGCUCACCAGACAAGACAUGGACAGGGUCUGCACGGCUCUCAGUCCUCUUCGUCUUCUCCAAUUCAGAAUGGUGGACUUUAUUCUAACAUUGCCCAAUUACAGCAACUUCAGUUCCCUCAGAAGCUGGGUCAGCAGAACCUCCAGAGUCAGGAUCACCUCGGACAGGGCGCAGCUCACUUGCCACAACAUUUGGCAUUUUUGCAAAGCCAAUCUGCUUCACCUCAAAUGCAAGGUCAGCAGCGCCAAAAGUCGAGUCUGUCUGGAAGCUCUCCUGGGCUUCAAGGCUCUGGCUACCCAUACAAGGGUCAGCAGCACCCUGAGGAAGGGUUGCUUAACAAUUCGGGAAUCAACUUACUCGGGAAUCAGAUCAAAUCAUUGAGCCUUAAUGACCAAUGA